GAAUCAUUGAUGAAGAAUUGAAGAGCCAGCCAGGCAGAGUCAACUCGAUUGCAAGAGAAUUAAGGAAUUUAUAUAUAUAUAUAUAUAAUAUUCACCGAUUAUUCCACAAUCUCAGAACCCAACCUGGCGGUGUUGUAUUUAUCAUUGGACGGGGUGCCAGUCGACAGUCGACAGUCAGUGGUGCUCCACAGGCACAGCUUUUUCUUGGUCGACACUUACGACAUUAAUAUUUAAGCCCACAAGUCUUUAUACCAUAUUCCUUGUAAAUAGUCCCCCGCCUUUACACCGUUCGACGCUCCCAUGAGUCUCUUCGGCCUCGGCAGGAAUCAAAAAACUUUCCGCCCCAAAAAAAGUGCUCCAUCAGGGAGUAAGGGAGCACAACUAAGAAAACAUAUCGAUGCCACUCUAGGUAGUGGAAAUUUGAGAGAAGCUGUAAGGCUACCUCCCGGGGAAGAUAUUAAUGAAUGGCUUGCUGUCAAUACUGUUGAUUUCUUCAACCAGGUGAAUCUUCUCUAUGGCACCCUCACCGAGUUUUGUACUGCAGACAACUGCCCGACAAUGUCUGCUGGACCUAAGUAUGAAUAUAGAUGGGCAGACGGCGUACAAAUAAAAAAACCAAUUGAAGUGUCAGCUCCUAAAUAUGUCGAAUAUUUAAUGGAGUGGAUUGAAGCACAGUUGGAUGACGAGUCGAUAUUUCCUCAAAAGCUCGGUGCCCCGUUUCCUCCUAACUUCAGGGAAGUUGUGAAGACAAUAUUUAAACGGCUGUUCCGCGUGUAUGCACAUAUUUAUCACUCCCAUUUUCAAAAAAUUGUCAGCCUUAAGGAGGAAGCUCAUCUAAAUACCUGCUUCAAGCAUUUUAUUCUAUUUACAUGUGAAUUCAAUCUGAUUGACAGGAAAGAACUCGCCCCGCUCCAAGAGCUCAUAGAAUCCAUUGUCCCUUACUGAACAACAUGAUUGCCUAUUUACUCAUUUCAUGCCGAAAUUAAAAUAAGUGUUUGCUUAAAUUCCGCAGCAUUAUUAAAGAUUGGUGUGCAGCUAUUGUGAGAGAUUGAGGUUCAAAAAAUACUGUUGCUUCUGUAUUGUACUUUUUGUCCUUCUUGCUCUGUAUAUUAAACUCUUCAAAAACUUUUUUUACUAA